GGAGAAGCUUACACACGCCUUCCAGUCACUACCACUCUGAGCCUAGCUCCCUUCCAUCGCAGCUGCGGCUGCUGCUGCUGCUACUGCUCCUGCUGCUGCCGCUGCAACCGCCGCCGCUGCCACUGCCACUGCCACCACUGCCUCUGCCACUACCGCUGCCACCUGAGGAGAACUGCAAGACCCGCUUCUUCUCAUCACCUGUCUCCAGUGAUUUUAUUCAUAGCACCUGGGCUUUUUUUUUUUUUUAAUAUACUGCGAAUAUUAUUGCAAGAAAGAUAUUAAAAAGAAAAUAAGGACCACCUGCAAAUUACAAAAUUACUCAAUUGUCUCCACUGGGGGAAAGCUCUUGUGGUUCACCAGCACGAAGGGGAAUCGCUUUGGGGGCAUUGUGGGGGAGGGGAGAGUUGGUGUCUCUGGCUUUUGGAAAGUUGCGUUCGAGGAAGAGGACGAGGUGCAACCCCAGAUCCUGGGGGGGGCGGUGUGUCUGUGCGAAGCUGCUGCCCCCCAUUCCCCUUUUCCUGUUCCUAACCUCCAAGUGGUACUAUUAUCGAGGGGAUUGGAGGACGACGCCCCCCUCCUGUGAAGUGGACUGUGUUCUCUUACACAGAAGAGGAGGAGGAGGAAUAUGGCACCGACAGCAGCCCACUCCUGUAGACUGGUCGUAAGCCUCCUGAUCUCUGCCGCCGUCCUUAGGCCAGGCUUUGGAUUAUAUACUGUAAAUUCAGUAUAUGGAGAUACCAUUGUUAUGCCUUGCCGUCUAGAAGUACCUCAGACUCUUAUGUUUGGAAAAUGGAAAUACGAAAAGCCUGAUGGCAGCCCAGUAUUUAUUGCCUUCCGAUCCUCUACAAGAAAACAUGUGCAAUAUGAUCAAGUACCGGAAUACAAAGACAGAUUAAGCCUCUCGGAAAACUACACCUUAUCCAUCAGUCAUGCAAGGAUCAGUGAUGAAAAGAGAUUUGUGUGUAUGCUAGUUACAGAGGAUGAUGUGUUUGAAGCCCCAACAGUGGUCAAGGUGUUCAAGCAACCAUCAAAACCUGAAAUUGUAAAUAAAGCACAAUUCUUGGAAACAGAACAGCUGAAAAAGUUGGGUGAGUGUGUUUCAAAAGAUAGUUAUCCAGAUGUUAACAUUACAUGGUACAGGAAUGGAAAGACUUUGGACCCUUCAGAAGAUGUGGUCACAACUUUACAAAGACAAGUGGAUCCAGUAACGCAACUCUCCACUGUAACUUCAUCUUUAAUGUACAAGACAACAAAAAAUGACAUAAAGAUACCAUUCACAUGUUCUGUAACAUAUUAUGGUCCAUCUGGACAAAAAACAAUUUAUUCUGAUCAAGCAUUUUUUGAUAUUUACUAUCCCACAGAGAAGGUAACAAUUCACAUUUUACCACCCAAAAAUUCCAUUAAGGAAGGAGACAACAUCACUCUAAAAUGCUUGGGAAAUGGUAACCCCCCUCCAGAAGAGUUUUUGUUUUACCUCCCAGGACAGCCAGAAGGUAUAAGAAGCUCGAAUACUUAUGUAUUGACAGAUGUGAGACGAAAUGCAACAGGAGACUACAAAUGUUCUCUAAUAGAUGAAAAAAGCAUGAUUGCUGCCACAACCAUCACAGUGCACUAUUUGGAUUUGUCUCUUAACCCAAGUGGAGAAGUUACUAAGCAGAUUGGAGAUGCUUUUCCUGUGUCGUGUACUAUAUCUUCAAGUAUUAAGAAUGCAACUGUUGUUUGGUUGAAAGAUAACACUAAGCUGCGGUCUAGGCCAUCAUUUUCCAGUCUACAGUAUCAGGAUGCUGGAAACUAUGUCUGUGAAACUAAUCUACAAGAGGUGGAAGGGUUAAAGAAAAGAGAAUCUCUGACUCUAAUUGUGGAAGGAAAACCUCAAAUUAAAAUGACAAAGAAAACUGAUCCAAAUGGAUUGUCUAAAACAAUUAUCUGCCAUGUGGAAGGUUUUCCCAAGCCAGCCGUCCAGUGGACAAUUACAGGCAGUGGAAGCGUCAUAAACCAAACAGAGGAAUCCCCUUAUAUCAAUGGCAGGUAUUAUAGUAAAAUUAUCAUUUCCCCUGAAGAAAAUGUUACAUUAACUUGCACAGCAGAAAACCAGCUGGAGAGAACAGUAAACUCCUUGAAUGUCUCUGCUAUCAGUAUUCCAGAACAAGAUGAGGCAGACGAUAUAAGUGAUGAAAAUAAAGAAAAAGUGAAUGACCAGGCAAAGUUAAUAGUGGGGAUUGUUGUCGGCCUCCUGCUCGCAGCUCUUGUUGCUGGUAUAGUCUACUGGCUGUAUAUGAAGAAAUCAAAUUACUCACCUAAACCCUGUCCCCAAAGUGACAUCAAUGGAAAGUCUGAGAAGGCAGCAGCUCAGAAGUUUCAAACCCACUUGAGGACAGCAUCAAAACAUGUAAACAAAGACCUGGGAAAUAUGGAGGAAAACAAAAAGCUAGAAGAAAAUAAUCACAAAACAGAAGCUUAAAAGAAAAAAAAAAUUUUUUUCAAUUGCUGUUCCAGAGAAAAAACCAUAUAGACCAAUUGAAGCAUGAACGUGGAUUGUAUUUAAGACAUAUACAAAGACACUGACAGCUAUUCAUGGUUCAAGUGUUAAGCAGUUCAUUCUACCAAGCUGUCACAAGAUUUUAGAAAAUUAUCUCAAGUAAAACAACAAAUAGAAAAAUUUAAGGAAAAAAAGACAAAUUUUGGCAGCCAUGAUAAUAGGUCACUAUGUUGUGUUCUGUUUGAAUUUUUUUCUGUAAAUUUCUGCACUGAGGAUUUCUUUUUUUGUUUGCCUUUUAUGUAAAUUUUUUACGUAGCUAUUUUUAUACACUGUAAGGCUUUGUUCUGGGAGUUGCUGUUAAUCUGAUGUAUAGUGUAAUGUUUUUAUUUCAAUUGUUUUUUUAUGGAUACUCUUUGAGCAGGUACAUUUCUGAUUCUGAUUGCUAUCAGUAACGCCUCAAAAAUUUUAUCACAAGUUCCUGAAAUUAAGGUAGAAACUUGUGGCCAUGUGGUAGGGGCACCAAAUAUUACUCUCUUGAAAGAUGUGAUUUUGUCUCUCUCUCAGUUCACACACACAUACAUACACACACAGAGUCAGAUUGAAAAACGUAUUUCAAUGUACAUACAACAAACUAACAGCAGUCAAAACACAAAUAUUUUAACACAUAAACAAGAAUGAAAUAGAUACCUGUUGUCAAGAAACAUCAACACCAAAUUGGGGUAGUACUUACAUAUAGUGAUACAUAUAGAGAUGGUUGCUGGGAAUAUUUCUUAAAAGAAAAAGAAGCAAAUCAAUGAAUCAAUAAUAGUUUGGAAAAUCAUAUUUCCUAUUUCCAUUACUCCCAAUGUGACUGAAACUUCAAAUUGGUUUUCUAGUCUUUGGGUUUUCAGCUGCCUUAAAAGUAUACUUCUCCCUCAUCCCCGACCCCCAAAGAAGAUAUCAGUCAGAAUUGGAGGUUUUGAACAGUGGUCAUUAUCAGAGCUGCAUUAUUUUCCACAGGAAUAGAAUAUAUAUUUUUUGUGUGUGUUUGUUUUUGUUAACUACGCUACAGAUAUUGAAUGCACCUUGAGAUAAUUUAGUGUUUUUAACUGGUACAUAAUUUAUCAAACAGUACAUGAAAGUGUAACAAUGAAAUGUCUAUGUAUCUUUAGUUACAUUCCAAUUUGUAACUUUAUAAACAUGUUUUACGCUUGGACAUUUUUAGAAUGGUAGUAUAAAUGGAAACAUUUCGAGGUAGACUGGAUAUGGGCCAAUAGUGUAUUUGUGAUUAGCCUUUUCAACCUUUCCUCCUUCAUGCAGAAGCCUGGUUUCUGAAUAAACAUGAUACAGCUAUUUUUUGGCCCAAACAUAACAUAAUUUUGUGGACAAACAGCAUCAAAUUUCCAGUUACAAAACAAUUAUCCAGAGGGAAAGGGGAGACAGAACCUGGUGAAUGUUUUUUAAAUAGACAAGUGAAAGUUUUGUUUUGUUUUAAUAAAAGUUAAACGACAAAUUGGAAAUUAAAUUCAUAUGGAAAUCAGAAACUAUAUUUUGCCACUUCUGCAUUCUUUAGAAAUACACUGUUAUUGUAAAUUUGUAAAAUGCCUGGGCAAUAGUGACUGAUGUCUUAAUAAAAGCUUCCUGUAGUACAUUGGUAUGGAUUAAAUACAUAAGAUAUUCUAUUAAACUCAAUACUGUAUAAAAUAUUAGAGGGAAAAGAAAAUAUGCUAUAUUGCCUCUAAACUUUGAUUAUUAAAGUUUUAUUUGGCAGGAACAAUUGAAUUUUGGUCAACACUUAAACCAAAGUGGAAGGGGAAAAAAAAACCAAAGUAAUUUGUUUUGCAUGGCUAAGCCAUUUUGUUAUUUUUGUAAAUACUGUGAUUUCUUUUCCUUUUUUUCUUUUUAGAGUUUUAAGGAAAUUCUAAAAUUUUUAAAUACCUGUUUUCCAAAAUAAAACAUGAACACUAAAAUAAAAGAAAUUACUUAUAUAUAAUUUUUUUUUUCCUUUUGGUUGUGGGAGGUAAGACUGCAAAGUACAGCUGCUAAGAUUUUUAUGGAAAGCAGCAAUGUGACACUAAGAAGAAAGGGUUAAAAAACUAUAAUACUUUGGCUUCAGCUUGUGAUAGUUAACUAAUUCCAGAAAUAGCUGUCAAACCCUAGUGAGUGGGUCAUCUGAAAUAGCAUGCUCCAGAACGAGAGCAGAAAGCAUGCAGGAACAGAUGGGACAACACUGUCUACUACAUCAAAGAUUGGAAGAAGAAAACUUGUGAACCAAUAUCUACAUCAACAAUAUUGAGAAUGAAGAUGAACCAGUCCUCACCAUUUGAGGUUUCUGUUCCAGCUUCUCUCCAGUUUAACUUUUUGGCAACAGGAGGCAGGUUUUCCCAGCUCAAAGUUCACUCCCUGUCGGUGAUUACAGGAACUGUGUGUGGAAAUGGAUUAACAUGCCCAUCUAUGCCUAAAAGAUAAUAAAACUGAAGUAUGUCUUCAAAUGUCUG